UGGGGGCGCGGCCCCAGUGCGCCCGCCCCUUAGGGGGAUCACCUGCGCUCAGACCCGGCUAACGGGCAAGACUGUGCGGCUGGGGGGUGGGAUUUGGUGCGCAACGCUGAGCGCGAAGCUCGAGACUUAGCAGUGCCAAGCCCGGAGCACUCGAGCCCAGAAACCCGAGCCCAGAGCCUUGGAGACCGAGCCGGGAGCGCCUGCGGCGGCCGCGGAGCGGCGAUGACUGCCGGGCCCGAGAGCUUGUGAGCGGGGCCGCGGCCGGACAAGACAAGACCAAGAUGACCACGGUGGCCCCUCUGGGAGGUGCCAGUUUUCCAGGGAAUGAGACCGCGAUGUCCACAGAAGACUUCCUUUAUAAGAGUUCGGGAGCCAUCGUAGCUGCCAUUGUGGUUGGAGUCAUUAUCAUCUUCACCGUGGUGCUCAUCUUGCUAAAAAUGUACAACAGAAAAAUGAGAAUGAGACGGGAAUUGGAACCCAAGAGCCCCAAGCCCACCGCCCCAGCAUCUCCCACGGGCCAGCCUAGCAACAACAGCGUCAGCCAGCCCACCACCGUCACGUUUAUUCCAGUCGACAUCCACAUGGAGAAUCGGUGACCAGAGAAAGUCCCUCCGGGUCCUCAGCCAGAUCUCCAGCUCCAUCCAGAUGCGCCCUCGCUGAUAAGGAGGAAAGGGAGAGCCAGAUCUCUGGCAGAGCUUGUGUCAAGCUUUUCUGUAUUUGAUUGGAGCUGGGGACAAGCCCUAACAACCUCUUUUUUCCCCUAGUUACAAACCUAACUCUUGUGACCCCCCCUAACAGUGGCAAGCUAUGUCGGAUAUGUAUUAACAUUUAUGUUCUCCUUUCUCCCUGAUCUCGUAGCUAGUUCAAAGGGAUAAUAAACCCCAAAAGGCUAGAGGCAAAUGGGACUUUAUAAUGUACAGUGAUAGCAUGUAGAAUAUCUGUUUCCACUUCUUGGAUGAUAAACCACCGGAACUGAAAAAAGCAUUUGACCAUAGAAUAGUCAAUCUGGAAGAGCAGAGCUGGGCAGGAAGGGGACCUUGUGAACAAUCUCAGAGUUGGAAGAGAACUAAAAAAGAGAAAUUUAGAACAGUGAUAGAACUGACUGCAUCCUUGGGAACUAUCUAGCCCAAUCUUCUCCUUUAUAGAGAAGGGCCGCGGGAUCGUAGACCCUUAGGGCUGAGAAGAACCUCAAAAGAUUGUCUAAUCCAUCCGUCUCUUGUUACAGAUGAGAAAACUGAGGCAGAGGGAGGAUAAAUGCCUUGUCUCACAGGAAAAUGAGGUUUAGAGAAGGUCACAUGAUGAGUUUGAGUUUCUGGCUGAGCCAGGACAAGAAAAAUUAAAUUAUUUCAAAUACUGAAUGCAAGAUAAUGAGGGCCCUCCAAAGGGCAUCUGUCCAAAUGGUUCAUCCAGGCAUUUUUCCCUGGGAGCUCUGUGCUGAGGGAAUGGGCUAUGGGCCUAGGCUAAUUAAAUAUAACUAACUCCAUAGGUAAAUUAUGUCAGUGGACAGAAGGCAGCGAAUCCAAACACCUCUAAUUCCAAAUCUAGAGAAAGCAUUAAGAGAGCCAAGUUGAUAAAAGAGCUUUCUCCUGAGCUCAGGACCAGAAUCCCAACAUCAGUGUCUACAAGAAUAUUUGUCUUUAUUAGACAGAGCCAAAGAACUGAGACAUUCAUUUUCUCCAUUCUUUUGUUCUAGCUGCCAUGUAGAUAUUUCUUCACCCAUCCCCACAUUUCCUCCUACCCCUCUGACCUAUAAUAGCUCAUUUUUGUGUAGCAUUUUAUGGUUUACAGAGAGUAUUCCUCAUGCCGCUGUCAAAAUGGGCAAUAUAAGUUUUACUAUCUCCAUUUUACAGGUACAGAAACUGAGGCUCAAAGAUCUAUCUAAUAAAUCUAGUAAAAGAUUGAUCUGGGAUUCCACUUUUAGUCACCUGAUUCUGGAGUCAAGGCUCUCCCACUCUCCCCUAUAAUCUUCCCAAGACUUUUGUUGAUCUUUCACUGAUUAUACAACUUGGAGGGGAGAGGAGGGGAGGGCUGCUCCCUGAUGCACCCUAGAAUAAGCUAUUAUGAGGGGGAAGGUAGAUGGUUUGAUGUUCAAUAAACCAACAGCAGCCUCGAGAUAUUUCCUCCUUUCUACAAAUUUCAUACAAGAACAAAAUCCUAGGUAGAAACCCAAGAUGCAGAAUGGCUGCUUCUAGCUCACAAGUGCCAGUCUCUCAAGAAAAUGGGGAGCAGUGUUUCCUUUGACACCUCACAAGUAAGAGGAGUGAAAGCUUCCAUUUGGGCCUUGGGCAUUCCAUGCCACCCAUUCUCCAAAGUUGUUACUCUGGAAAACAGAACCUGCCAGGUACUGGCUCUUGAAUUCAAUCCCAGGUACUCUUUUCAGCCCAUUACAAAUGCAAAGAUUCAUUGUUCUCCAAUCCCGUUGGUUCUGAUCUUGGUGCUCUGGAGUGAGAUUAGACUUAAAAUCAGAAAGAUCUGCAUUCAAAUCCUUACUCCAAUAUUUACUAAUUAGAUGACAAUGUACUUAAACACUCUGAGCCUCAGUUUACUCAUCUGUAAAAUGGAGAGAUAUCACCUAUAACCUGUCUUAGAGAAUUGAUUGUUAAUAGGAUCAGAUGAAGUUAUUCAUGUAACAUGCAAAUCUCUAAAUUCUCUAUAAAUAUUUGUAUUUUCAGAAAUCAGUAUAUUCAGAAAAGGGCUUUGGUGUAGGAAUAAUUCUAAUGUGGAACCCUUCUUAAUCACCCCCCCCCCACAUCUCAGCCUUGAUUGUUCUAGGAGGAUAAAUCACUUUACUUCCAAGUGCAGAGGAGAUGUUCUUACAAGGGUAAAGGGAAUUUCCUUCCUGGGAGUUCACGUUUGUCACUGAAAUCCUAGGUCCUCUCUCUGUCCCAUUAUUGAUUGAAAGAGUGAGUAGAGGGGACAAGAGAAAUCAGGUGGUGAGGGUGAUGAUGGGGAAGACUAGGAUAGUGUUUCCCAAUUUCAUUGUCUUUGAUCUUCACAAAACUCCUGUGAAAUAGGUAGGGCAAGUAUUAGUGUUAUACAGAAUAGGAAACUGAGACGUAGAAAAGGCACUUGUUUAGAUCUACAUAGUCAAGUGGCAGAACUGGGAUGGGACCCCAAGUCCUCUGGCUCUUGAAUCCAGUUCUCUCCUCAUUGAGCUAUACUGCCUCUUGUACGUCAGAAGGACCUGGCGGGAGAGACAGAAUUUUUAGCAAUUUGUUUUAGGUUUUAUGUUUAAUAAAUAAACAACCCAACCCAAUAACCAAUUUAUUUUUAGUUAAAAAUUGUAGGGCUUAGUCUGGGAAGGAGAGGAGCCCUUGACUUUUUAAAUGCCCUUUCUAAAUAUACCCCAAAUUGUCAUUUUUGUCCUGCUAUAAAAAACAGCUAUUUGUGGGAGUACAGUAAUCCUACAGCCAUGUCCCCAGGAUAUUUGAGGGGCCUUUGAACAGUGGGAUCAUUGUUGCCCUCUCUCUGGGCUCUUUUUGUGAAGGGCAUCCCCCUCAGUGAGGGAGGGAGUAGAAAGCCUUGACUCAGCAGUCCUGGGGCCAGCCCAAGGCAUCUGGCCUGGGAGGAAAAGUGACUUCAAAUGAAAUGCCCCUGGACGGGCCUGGGAGUCAGGAGACCUGAACUCCGCUGGCCCCAGCCCCAGCCCAGCUUCAGUGCAGAUUAAACCUUGGCCAACCUUGGAAAGGAACUCUGGGGCCACUCUACCUGAGCCAAGAAUUCCUCUCUAACGUUCCUAAUGCAAGCUUAUCACGAGUUUGCUUAAAGACCUCAAGGGGUGGGGUAGCUCCAGCAGAUGGACAUUUGGGGACAGGUGGAAAUGUCUUAGAAAGCUUUUGGAUUGCAAUCUGCCUCUCUGGUUUCCACCCAUUUCUUCAAGCAAUGACUGAGGUCCGAGAGAGCAGGUCUAAGGAUGACAUAGAAAAGUAGCUUUUUUUGAGUCAGAAAGCUUUUUCUGGCCCCUUGGACAAGCCAGUCCCCUCUCUGAGCCGCAGUUCUCUCAUCUGUAAAAUGAAGUUAGACUAGAUGAUCUCUAAGGUCCUUCUGUGAUUCCACAGGAAAGCCUUUUUUCCAAUAAUGGAAGCCAGUCUUCAGGGAGAGCCCCCUCCCGCUGUCUUCUGUUCUCCGGGCUAAUGUGACCCCAUUCCUUCCAUCCUCACUUGGCCUGGCCUCCGAUUUUCUCUCCAUAAUAACAGAUUUUGUUUAUAGAACAUUUUAAGGUUUUCAAAGCACUUUAUACACCUUAUUCCCAUUUUAAAAGUAAAGAUAGUAGGACUCAGAGAGGCUCUGAUUGCCCAAGGUCCCAUAGCUGGAAGCUGAAACCUAGGAAUCGGCUACUCCAAGUAUGAGACUUUCCAGUCCAAAACCUUGAUAGUUUUUCUUCCAGAAUUUGUCUCUCUGAUCCUAUUUCCUCACAAAACGAAAUGAUUAAACUGGACUGAACUAAGGUCCCUUCUCACUCUAUAUCUGAAAUCCUGUUACCAUUCAGAUUCAGUCAGAUCGUCUGAGCAAAUUUCACUUUGCCUAGAUUCUUAAUUGUUCUUUGUGUGAUACUAAAAUGUUUUAAUUUGCCCCGGGAGAUUUAAGAACCAAUGUCUUAAUUUUUAACAACUUCUACUCUCUUUCACCCUCCCCACAUAUAAUCUGGUCAAGUGAGGGCAGCAGCCUUCAUAUAAUCAUUGCCUUGGGCCAGUGGGUAUUUGCAAGGCUAGUUUGAUCGUGGCUGGGAUCGGCUCAGAUCGCCAGCUGGACAUUGUUGAGUGGAGAGCUCAAUACUGGCCUUGAUAGUUCAUCAUAUGUCCCCUCCCCAUGACAGGGCAUUUCCAAUAGGGAGGGUGACAGAAUCUUGGUUGUAGGGAAACCAGCACUUCCAGGGCUAGUCCUUCCCACUGACCACUGGACUUAACAUGUGAGUUCCUUCCCCUGUUCUUGCUUGCUUAUAACCCUGCUGUAAGGGUCUUAAAGUCUGGGGAAUAGAAAAGUCUCUCUGUCUCUCUUUUUCUCUCUCUCUUUCACUCUCAAUUUCCCUCCCUCCUCCCUCACCUUUUAGCAAAGGGAUCAACUAAGGCAACAUGCAACCUCUAUAUGACAGAAUGGGAAGAGGGAGGGAAUACUUCUACAGUUUAUUUUAAAGCCAACAACAGGGCAAGGAACAACUAACUUUAUUUAAUUUUUUCUAAUAAAUGUUCAUUGGUAUAUUUUGUUUUUACAUUACCUAUAUUUCCCAGUACAUCCCACCCUACAUUUUCUCUCAGAGAACUUAUCUUUAUUACAAAGAAUAAAAAGGGGGAAAUGAUUCAUCAUAACCAAAUAAUAUCUCAAAAAAAGUCUGAUGCUAUAUAUAGUAUUCCACAUAUAGCCCCCCACCUCUGCAUAGAAAUAGAGGAAGGCAUCUUCUCAUGGGAUAUCUGCUUUUCAUCUUUGUCUGGGACACCCAAAUGGAUCAACUUUGAUACUUCCAUGUGGUGCUCCCUUCACCAUUGCAGGUCAUUGAUUUACAUCCUCCUCAUCUGUGAAUUUUAUCCAUGUUCACUACAUGGAAGAUCUACUCAGCACAUUGGAGGCCUCUGGAUUUUGCAGAAACGCUUUGGGUAUUCGUGCAGCACUCGGGUGGUUCAAGUUAUCCAAUUCCCAUCUAGUCCAACUCCACAAACAUUCAUUAAGUCCAACCUGUGUUAGGUACCAAGGGUACAGAGACAAAAUGGAAAUCACUCUCUGCUUUGGAGAAGCGCCUGUUUCUGCUGGAGAGCUACAAUAUGUGAACAACUAAAUAAAUAAAUACCUGAUCAUUUGAAGGGGGUUCAGGGGCCCAAAACCACUAGGGGAAUCAGGAAUUGCUUCCUGGAGGAAGUUGCAGAUGGCCUGAAUCUUGCCACAAUUUAGGCAAUGGAAAUGAAAAGAGAGUAUAUUCCAGGAAUUGAGACAGCUACGCAAAGACUAAAAGGUGGGAGAUGAAUGAAUAAGGCAUUUAUUAAGCAUUUGCAAGCAAAGCACUGAAGACAAACAGAAAAGUGAAGUGUUCUGUUCUAUCAAGUAUCUUUAGCUCUAAUGUGGCAAAAACACAUCUGGAAGGUUUCAGCUUCAAGUCAGAUGGAAACAUCCCAUACCUUAGGGUAUAGCAGCAAAGCAGAUGGUAAUACUUUGUUUAAAAAAAUUAUAUAUUCGUGUUUAUUUUGCUAUUUCUUAAUUACUUAUAAAAAAUUUUUAACAUUCA